AUCAUUUCUCCUUCUCACAUGAAUUCCUUCUCGCAGCUUCUGGGUUUCCUUUUUUUCCGUUCUUUUUUCUCGUUUUAGAAAUUCCGAGCGGUAGAUGGAGAGGCCGAUGGAGCUUCGACAUUUCAUCCACAGGCAUCGGUUGAUCUUCAAUGAAGAGGUAAACAAGAAUCAUGAAAAAUUACUCUGCGAUGGCUGCGAAAAUCAAAUAUCGGGUUCUAAUUACAGUUGCAAAAAGUGCUCCUGGUUCAUUCUUCACAAAUCCUGUGCACAACUGCCCCGCCAGUUGGAGCAUCCGUUGCACCCCAAUCCCCUUCGUCUCAUCCAUGCGUAUUCCUGGAAGAGGCAAAUCAAAUGCGAUGGUUGCAAUACAGAGGUUCUCUGGGGCUUGAUUUACCAUUGUUCUGACUGUAAUUUUAGCCUUGAAAGUAAUUGCGCUUCUCUACCCCUCACCGUCCAAGCUGAAAUCCAUGAACACCCAUUGACCCUCUUGCGGAGAUCUCUCUCUUUCACUUGCGACGCUUGUGGGAAACAAGGCAAAAGCAUGUUUUACUUGUGUGCUAUUUGCCCAUUCUUUGUUCACUUGCAAUGUUCUUCCGACCCAUUGCUUGUCAAACAUGUUCGUCGCAGCGAUGCUCUGAACCUCACCAAUCCCCUUCAAGAUACGGAUCCCAUGGAAUCGACAAGUAUGCUAAAAUGCAAAGAUCCGGGGUUUGAUGAAUCCAUUGAUUCAUUGACAUAUGUUGUCAAGAAAUCAAAGCUGGGAGAUGACAAAGUUGAAAUAGCCGUGGAAAUCAAACAUUUCAGUCAUGAGCAUGACUUGAAGCUAAUUGAUGAGCAGCUUGAGAAAGAGGAAAAAUGUGACGGGUGUUUGUGGCCUGUCGACCCUCCAUUUUACACUUGUACUCAAUGGAGAUUCUUCCUUCACAAAUAUUGUGUUGAAUUGCCGAGAAAAAAGUCACACCCACUUCAUCGGCACCCCCUCACUCUCCUUCCAGAGCCACCGUAUGUUCCUUCUUUUUGUUGCAAUGCUUGUGGGCGUGAUUGUAAUGGCUUCGUCUACCGUUGUGACAGAUGCAACUUCGACCUUGAUGUCCAUUGUAGUUUGAUAUCUGACAAAUUUAUCCAUGAAGGUCAUGAUCACCGACUUGUUCUCUCCUGCUCAUCAUAUUCUGGUAAGUGCAGUUCUUGUGAUUCUCAAGGACAAAGCUUUCGUUGCCGUCAUUGUAAAUUUAAUCUGGAUUUCAAAUGCGCUACACUGCCGCCUACCAUAAGAUACGAUCCAUUCGAAGUAACGUAUGUACUUUGUUUUGAAUUUGAAGAUGAUUAUCGUGAAGAAUUUGAAUAUUAUUGUGAUAUGUGUGGAGAACUACGAUUUCGAAAUCAUUGGUUCUACUAUUGUUUUGAUGGAGGUUUUGCUGCUCAUCCCGAUUGCAUUCUUGGGAAAUAUCCAUAUAUUAAGUUUGAGAAGACUUAUACAUUUGACAUGCACGAACAUCCUCUCACUUUUGUUGACAAGAGCAAGGGCCCCCAUCCUCUAUGUGAUAAAUGUGGUGAUUCUUGCCAUGAUAGGACUUUUGAAUGUGCCAAAUGUAAUUUCAGUCUUCACCACCGGUGCUUGAUCACAAAUGUUCCCAUAUGAGAACGAGUAGUAGU